CCCUCCCUCGCCCAUUGUGCUGCUGGAAAGCAUGACUUCGCUGUUGCUCCAAUAAAUCAACCGUUCACUGUUUGCAUUUGCCUGUCAAAGGACAUCCCUGCUUCAUUGCCACCGACGCCUUAUUAGCCUAUGCUUGCGGUUUUGUUUACAAUGCCAGUCGCCGAGCAGUAGACCCAAAGAGGGGGAGGAGCAAAUAUGCUCAGCACUCCGUCGCUAUGGCGACUUGAGGGGAUAUAUACACGGCGUAUCAUGGGACCAGGCCGUGGCGUCGAUGUACUCCCACAUGAUAGAUGGCCAGGCGCUGCAGUAACAGUGACGGACACGACAGCUCUGCCAUUGGUCUUGAGCUGGAGAUGCGUUGAAUGUAUCAAACCCAGGCACCAAACAGCCACCCUGUUUAAUAAAAUUCUACAGGGUCCACAGUGGGCAGUGACCCAGAUUGGCUGGUAUAUCGCCCAUAUCCUAGGAAAUAGCCAACGUCAGGCAGCACCCACUGAACAGAACAUGGAAAUGCCGUACAUGUCGUCUGGGCAGAGCAUUUGGCUUAGAAAAGGCUCGGCUGUACAUGUGUCCACCGCUUUUUUCACUCCCAAAUAUGUAUGGUUUUUCUUUGCGCCUCCCCCUUCUUUCUACUAUUCGCAUGGUGAAAAACGACCUUGGGCAUCAGCGACGCAUUGCAUUGUUUUCUUAAAUAAAAAAUAAAUGGUGACGAGGCCGGUCUCCCUGCCUCAUAACCCCCUCAGGUCGGGUUCGGCCACCCCCUCCCUCGCACAAUUUCCCGCAGUUCCGGCAUGAUGGCGCCGCACUUGCUGGGUUUCGUCGCCGUCGGAAACAAGGAGGGCAAGAAGGUGGGGCAAAGGGCGUGAAGGAAAAAAUCGACCAGGUAUCA